AUGUCGCAGCUGCUGACGACCGUCUCUGCGCUGUUCACGCCCACGCGACAUCACUCGUACUCUGAACUCGGACUCUGGUUCCUCUUCCUCUUCCUCGCCCUCCUCGAACUGCUCUUUGGCAGCCUGCUGGUCCUCGACGGCGUCGAGUGCUCGCCAUGGAGCGCGGCGGCGGACAAGGAGCUGUGGAAGUAUCCACCGGCAAACGUCUCGCUGGAGACGGUGGGCGGUCUGGGGAAGGUCAACUGGGCGCUCUCGGACUUUGUCCUCAACAAGGACUUUGUCAACAUCAACUGCGAGAACGAGAUCAAGCAGUACACCCUGAGCAUGACCAUCUUCACCGCCCUCAACGUCCUCCUCACUGGCAUCUUCAUGUCCAUCUCGUCCUCGUACAUCAACCAGAUUCGUGUCCGGGCAGACGACAUUGUGGAGAUGGACGACGAUGUCGACGACGACGUCAUCCUCAAGGCCAACGCCGGCCUCAUUGUCCAGAUCAACCGCUUCCUCUACUUUAAGGUUGCCAUCAUCUUCUGCUACAUGGCCGCCAUCUCGCUCCGCUACUCGUUCAUCGCCAUCAUCGGCAACCAGCGCGGCGUCGACGGUGGCACCUUUUACUUUUUCCAGUGCGGUGGCGACCGCAACUUUGUGUGGCAGAUGAUGGAGCGCCACGCCAUGCUCUUCCGCUGCGUCUUUAACCACAUUCGCCUCUCCACUCUCCUCACCUCGCUCAUCACCGUUGUCCGCGCCAUUCUUGGAUGCGCUGUCCUUUACUCCAUGUAUCGCCUCUACAGGUACCGCCAGAAUGGCGAGUGGCUGACCCGCUCUGUCUCUGACUCUUCGCCCGCCGCAGGCCUCGCCGGCGUCCUCGAUGUCCUCGGCCUCCACGAGCGCAAGCUCCAUCGCCAGGCCCGCGGCGCUCCCACACAGAUGCGCCGCGAUGACGCUCUCUCAGAGCGAUCCAUCUCGCGUCGCGAGCUUCGGCAAUCUCUUUCCAUCGACGGCGAGUCGAGCUUUGGCUCCCGCCCGCGGCUCUCGCUCAACGACCGCCUGCGCGACGGCUCGCUCUCGUCCGAGGGCAUGGCUCAGGUCGCCGAUCUGGCCUCCGACCUGGCCAAAGUCCCCGAGCUCCUCGCCAUUAUCUCGAGCCAAGGCCCUGCGCCGACACCAUCAGCCUCGGCCGCCACGCCUGGCGAGACAGCCCUCACCCCCGAGUCUGCCCAGCUGAUGGGCAUCGUGGUGAAGCUCCUCCAGCAUCCCGAGGUCAACUCGAUUCUCCUCCGCAUCAUGCGCCGGGGCCUUUGUGUCCUCGCCUCCGACUCGGCCCUCGCCUCGGCUUCGCCGCAGCUGCAGCAGACGCUUAUCUACCUUGCCACCGAUGCCGCCGCCGGUGCCGCCCUCAGUGACGCCCUUGGCAACGUGCUCUCUGUCCAAUCGCGCGAAGCCGCCGCCGCCUCGUCGGCAUCCACCCGCGACCGCAAGGCCCGUCUCCGCUCGCGCGCCCGCCAGCAGUCGACCCAGCUCUCGCUGCUCAAUGUCUCUGCUCUUGGCUUUGGCCCACAUGCCCUUCCUGGUCCGCAGUCGCGCAAGCUUGCUCUUGUUCGCGGCCGCGAUCCCGAGGCCGUCUCAUGGACAUCGUCGGCAUCGUCGUCAUCGACCCACGCAUCGACCACGGGCUCGUCGGCAGCCUCGGGCGCAGUCUCGACCGGUGCCCGUCUCCCGACUGGCGCUCACCUCCACGCCCGCCCCUCCUCGUCACCGCACGACAUUCAACUUGCCAUUCCCAAGCAAGGCUACUUUGUUGAUGACGUUGACCCCUAG